UUUCGCCGUGCCGAGCGUGUUGUGUCAACGCUUUGGCCUAGCGUUCGUUAAACAAAGUUUCCUUCCAACAUGGCGAGAUCAUAUGGCGGGGUUUUGUCAACUGCGUAUUAGGAAGGCCGACACAUUUAAGGAGAUAUCAUGAAGUUGGAGGUGAGUCGCCCUAAACGUGCACCAGAGCGUCUACACGAGGCUGUGCGUUACGACGAACUCAGCACCGACUACUCCAGUGACCAAUCGGACAAUUACUUCUCCGAGGUCGAACGACAUUCACCAGACAGACGUGACACGCCCCCAGACACCUCGGCAGCCUACCAGGAACUAGGCCUAAGGUACAAGCAGCAGAGCGGUUUUGCAUCGCGUGAGGAGAGGACGUGGCGAGUGAGGCAGUUCAUCGAAGGGGCGGAGAUUGCAAUGGCUCGUCACUGCUGUCUGCGUUCUUUGCUCACGUUACUGCAUGUGUGCAUGGGAAUCACAGCAGCUUUGUACACAGUGUACACUUUGGUGGGUGAAGGUUACAGUCUCCAAUGUGUGCCGCCUCUUGUUGAUCACUUUGGCGACCCUGUUCCUUUCAGGCAUGGCUUGCCGAUCGUGUGCCACUCUGUCUUCUACAGCGCUGCGGCCAUCUGUGGCAUCAGCUUCCUCAUGGCGCUAGCCAUCAAUUGUUGCUGGGAGAACUCAUGUGCGGUGUUCACUCAUUUCCUGCUCACCCUGAUGGCUUGUCUAGUCUCUGUGUUUGGAGGGACUGCUCUGACCGUGCACUAUAUGCUCUGGUGUGACUCCCUGUCAGAGAGAUUGGGACCUCCGUACUCUGGAUGCGCCGAUGCUGCCAAGGCCUAUGAUAAGUCGCACGGAUCAAGUAACAUGACCACGUACCACACCAAGUUGGAAAUACAGCAGAUUGGCAUGUGGGCAGGAUUCCCUCUGGCGUUACUGGCGCUUGUCACUUACGCCUGUGCCAUCUAUGUCACUGGUGUCCAUGACACCGAAGGUGAGUCUGUCCGUGGUUACGUCAUACUACAGGAGGAGACCAUACCCCUUCUUCGUUCAACUUCUCCUUCAUCUGCCCGAGAGCUGCACAACCCAACCAGUCCGAUGAAUUACACAGCCCCAGAUGUGACCCGGACUGGUAGUUUCUCCUACUCAAGGGCCAGAUCCUUUUCAGGGACCAGAGCUUCCUCUGAGGCUCCAACUAUUCCUGAGGUCACGACCAGUCAAGGUGUCACGAGCUCGGCAGAGGCUAGGUUCUCCCCUUCACCCCAAAAUCCUUUUUCGGAGGAGUAACUGUUUUACUGGGUUCUGAUUGUGUGAAGAGACCCUUUUUAAAAACUAAAUUUCUAACACUGCCACCAAAGAUCAGGAAACAAUUGGUGGCCUAAUCCUUGCAAUCUGUAAGUUUUGCACAAAAACAAACAAAUUGAAAUGCAACCCAGUUGUUACACAAAAGACAGUGGAAACAAUAAUUGUGUCCUUUGUAAAAACGUUGUCACGAUGUGAUUUCCUUAUUGUCCUGCUAUUAUCUCAAUAAUGUGAUUUGCCUUGUCAGAAGAUUAUAUUGUUUGAUGGGGAACAUUUUCAUGAGGUUCUUUUGAUGAAAGCUGCAUGUACUUAAGGAUAGAAGAAGAAGAAGAAGAAGAAGAAGAAGAAGAAGAAGAAGAAGAAGAAGAAGAAAAAGAAGAAGAAGAAGAAGAAGAAGAAGAAGAAAAAGAAGAAGAAGAAGAAGAAGAAGAAGAAGAAGAAGAAGAAAGGAGAAGGAGGGGGAGAGGAAGGACGAGGAGAAGGGGAAGAAUAAGGAGGGGAGCGGAAUCGGUCAAUGGGGAUUAGAAGAGUUUGCUUUGUGUGUAUAUAUUGUGGACAUUCCUGUCCACACCACCAUACACAGCACCAGGUUUUGGGAACAAAUCUGUCACUUUGCGACAACGAUGGCAUACAUGUUCCUUUGCUUUAUCAAAAGCGGCGUUUUACACCGAGUGUUAAAAGUUAGCGUCCUAUGAUUAUGAACAUGACAACUUUCCUUUUUUUGUAAUGAUUUGUACACGAUUGAUUUGUUGUUAUCUGUUUGUACCGCUGAAUAAAACGGUCCUGUCCCUGAAAAAAAGGU